AUGGAAGGACUGUCCGGCAACGAGGAGAACUCCAACGUUCCCGCGCCUAGUUCUAGUAGUUCAAAUGUUUCUGUGAUGCUAGGGAACUGUGCUAGUGCUAGACAAUCGACCAAAGUGUGCGCUACCCCCUCGCAAGUUGGCCAAAGGAAUUCCAUUUCGCCGAACGUUUUCAGAAAAGUUAUGAGCAAAAAUAACAAUAACACAAUGUUUCCGACGUCGUAUCCGAACAACCAAGCGGAGCUGCAGCUGUUCAGGGUGAUGCAGAACGCGUCGCUGUUGCUCUACUACGACACGCUGCUCGAGAUGGGCGGCGACGACGUCCAGCAGCUCUGCGACGCCGGCGAAGAGGAGUUCCUGGAGAUCAUGUCGCUGGUCGGCAUGGCCUCGAAGCCGCUGCACGUGCGCCGGCUGCAGAAGAGCCUCCAAGAGUGGGUGACGAACCCGGUGAAGUUCAAAACGCCCCUGGUGGCCGGCGACGACUUCGAAUUGGAGUUGUCCAGUCCUCGGGUGACCGGCAACCACGUAUUCUAUUCGGACAGCGGCGACGGGAGCAGAUCGAUGUAUUCCCCGUCGCCCGGUGAUCAUUGUGCCUUACCACCGCCUCCGGUGUCUAGUCCGGGGUUGACGCUUAGCAACAAAAGGCCUUAUUCCCCGCUGGAUUCGGCUUGUCCGCCGUCGUCUAGCUCGAGUCCCGGGGCGAAUGUAUCGAUGCAGCUCUCCCCGAACUUGGUGGAAAGCCAAAUAGCGAAACUGGCCGCGGCGGCGGAGCGGCUGAGCAAGCAGCUGCCCCAGUUCGAGCCGAAGCCGCACAACGCCAAGAAAAAGGUGUGCAAAGAACUGGAAUUGGUGAUGUCCAUGCCGGAGAACGAUCCGAGGAGAAUGGACGAAAUCAGAAGGUAUGCCGCCAUUUACGGGCGAUUCGACUGCAAACGAAAACCCGAAAAACCUCUGACGUUGCACGAAGUGUCCGUGAACGAAGCCGCGGCGCAGAUCUGUAGAUUUAUUCCGGCGCUGUUGACUAGACGCGACGAAUUGUUUCCGCUUGCCAGGCAAGUGGUUAAAGAUUCCGGCUGUUAUUAUUCCAAAACUCAAUUGACCACGGUGAUUAUGAACAAACAAGCGAUGUUAGGACACGAAAGGGAACAAGAUCUAAGCUCAUCCAGAGCUAGUCCUAGGAUCGGAACGUCCGAAGCCGAAGGUCCGACGAGCAAGAGGCCGAAAAUGGAAGCCAGCUCAGAUUCUGACGACCGGCAGGAUUACGACGAGGCACUAGUGGUGAGAACUUCAAUACAUUCCCUGUUCCAAAACUCCAAAAAUCAUCAAACGAACUCUCGGAGUACUUCUUUAAGGAGAUCCUCGAUCGGAGCAGAAGUGGAAGAAUCCGACUCGCAGUUUACCUACAGCAACUCCAGCAGUCCUCAGAGGAAGCCGGAAGACCAAGGGGAUCACGAAGAAGACGCGAAAUACUCGCCGAAAGUACAAAUAAUCGCAGCGAGCGGCGAUAACAUCAUAGCAGUGGCGAAUCCCGCGUUGGCCAUGUCUUCUGCCAUGUUGCCGCUCGCGCCUAUCAUAGAACCCAGGGAAAACCGCACCGAAGUGGAGUGA